ACUGUCACGGCCGCGACUGUAGACUUUGCGACUUUUUCUUUGACAGUUUACGGCGGUUGCCGGUGAAUGGGCGCCGGGGCCUGGUGAGUGGCGCUGGUGCUGCCUUCAGAGCGUGCGGCGGGGAUUCGGGUAUCCGAGAUCGGGGGAGAAUGUGAGAGGCCGUGUCCCCCCCCGCCCCCGCCACCGCACCCAACCCGAGGGAGAGAGAGAAAGGAAGGGAGCAGGCGGGCGAUGACCGUGCGUUAACAGGCGAUCGAGCAACUCGAGGAGGCUUGCUGAGGCCGGGCCUGAGGGAAGGAGAGAGGGCGGCGGCGUCGUCAGUCCCACUAGCCCCCCCUCCCCACCCCCACCUCACCCCAUCCCACCCGCGGCCAUGACCUUGUUCAGACUCACCACCCAGGCCUACUGCAAGAUGCUGCUGCACGCCGCCAAGUACCCGCACUGCGCCGUCAACGGCAUCCUGGUGGCCGAGAAGCACAAGAGGAAGGACGGCCAGCCCGUCCUCUUCGUGGACUGCGUCCCCCUCUUCCAUGGCACCCUGGCCCUCGCACCCAUGCUGGAGGUGGCCCUGACUCUGGUUGACUCUUGGUGCAAAGAGAAUAACUACAUAAUAGCAGGAUAUUACCAGGCAAAUGAGCGUAUGAAGGACACCAGCCCAAACCAGGUUGCUGAAAGGGUUGCCUCUCGGAUUGCAGAAAACUUCAGUGAUGCUGCCCUAAUCAUGGUGGACAAUCACAAAUUUACUAUGGAGUGUGAAGAACAAUCAAUUGUAGUAUAUGAACACCAUGAAAAUAAAUGGCGAUGCAAAGACCCUAACAUUGAUUUUUGUGAAGAUUGGUCAGAGGUGCAGCGAAUCAUGAACUGUCUCCUGGAUGGUAAAUCCUAUGACUCCUUAGUGGAUUUUGAUAACCACAUGGAUGAUCUCAGGAAUGACUGGACAAACCCAGAGAUCAACAAAUCUAUUCUUCACCUUUGCUGAGACAGCUUUCUAAGAAUGUUCUAGGGCAUUUUUUGGUAGCUAGGGACCUGCAGCUGCUUUUGACUGCAAAGGGUGACCCUUAAUGAAUGUGAAACCUGAUGAGUACUAAUUCACUAAAGAACGGAAACAAUAAGCAUACCAGCGUACUGUGCUGAGAGAAGAUUUAUGCCUUCUAAUAAUUGAGCCAUAGAUCUCUUGGUAUUCACAACAGGACAAUAAGUUUGUGAUGAAAUAACAUAUUUUAGUUAAUAGUUUCAGUCAUAAAUCAAACUUUGGGUAUUUCAAAAGGAGACAAGUGAAUUGUGUGUAAUUUUUUUAACAUUUGCACCCUCAACAUUUUUGUCUGUUUAAAAUGAAAUACUUUUAGAAUAUUUGAUUAAAUGAAAGUUUAAACUUCUUGUCUGAAUAUCCUGCAGCAUGUUUCUUUGAUUAAUUUUAUUACUGUAGUUGCUAAUGUGAUUCAGCCCCAAUUUGAGAUUUGACUCUAAUUUGCAAAUAAAUUGGUGGGGUGAUAACAGGAAAAGAUAUCCACUAAUUUUUUCUCACUAAAAUAAUGGCAUUAUUUUUGCCAUGCAGCUUAAGCUUGUAUGAAAUGGAAAAAACUCAUACCUAGACACAGGUACUCAAGAUUGAAUAAGUCGUGGAUUCAAUUCCAUUUUGUACCAAAGUGCAAUGGUGUAUGUUGCAAUAAAUUAACUGCAAAAUUAAUGUGAUUUGAAUUUAAUACAGUAACUACUUAAAGUACUUCACUAGGUGUGAAACAUUUUGGAAAGUUCUAACUUUGUGAAAUAUUAUAUAAAUCAGAGACUCAAAUGUUUUCACAUUUGCAAAAUAUUUAGUACAGUUACAUUUUUUUUAAAUUUGUAACUGAAAUCCUAGAUAUAACAGCACCAAAGUCUGAACUUUGAAUUCUUGAAAUUGCACUCAACAUUGCAAGUCACUGGCUGCACAACCAUUAGACAUCUGUAUGAAUAAGAGUCCUAUCCUUUGUGUUGUAAAAACGUUAACAUUUUUAUUUAAAGCUCCAUGAAUGAAACCAUUUUAUAAUAAAACAUCUAUGCGGGUUUAGUUUAAAAUGUACUAUAAGUUUCAUCCAUGAGAGAUGAUUUUCAUAUUUCAACAUCAGCUUUAUUUACCAACCAGCGUAAUGUAGAUUGCUGUACCUGUAUGUUACUUGUCAUCUGAGCAACUGACUUGUACAUUAUUUUUAUGUUGAACAAAUCCCAUGGUACAGGAUUGAUUUAACAUUGUUUUGAGUUGGUUUUAUUCUGUAAUUAUUUUGGUAGCUUCACAUUAUUCUGGUCAUUUGGAGUGCAGGGGUGACAGCUUUCAAAAUCUAGUUUUCUCUUUUUGUUCCCCAUCUCCAACGGUUAAUACUGUAUCACCGAGUAAUAAGCUAAAUGGUACAAAUUAUUAUUUGAAGAGUUGAAUUUAAUUUAAAGUGCUUACUACAAUUCUUAUGCAGUUUGAUACCCUCCCAUAAUCCAUUGUAUAAGCUUGAGCUUUUUGUUUAACUGUCCCAUUUGUUCUUAAGGUCACUUCUGGGUUUUACAACUCUGGCCCAUGUUUGAUUCUUAAUCACAGAUUUGUAGUACUUUCUGAACAGUACAGAAAGAAUAAUAUCAAAUCCAAGCAUCAGUACAUGGCAUGUAUAUUUAUGUUGACUUUGAGCUCAUGCCCUUUUUCAAAUUCUCUGUUCUCCAAAUUUUUUUUUAUAAGUAAAUGCAUGGAAUGUUCCAAGUCUUCAGAAUUGAACUUGCAUUUCUGUUUCUGUGGCAGCGUGGGAAAUGAAUAAUGGAAACAGACGCCACUCUGCUGUUCAUUUAAAACAAUUUAAAACUAAAGGACAUUGCAUGUACGUUAUUUGCAUUUUUAAAAUCACUGCCUGCAACCUUUUCAUUAAGCAGGGCUGCCAGCAGUUGAGCUGCCUUUAGCCUUGUGACCAACUACUUUCAAACAUUUGAUUGUAAAAAUGCAAAAAUAAUCCUGCAAAUUUUCCUAGGCUACUAAGUGGAGCAUACUAAAUAGGGUUCCUAUCUGAUUACAGCACAUCUGAGUACUAAUGUAUUCCUGCUGCCUAUACGUCAGGCAUUGUAACUCCAAUCAAUGUUUGUAAAGUUGCUGGUUGUGAUAUUAGAAAAGAUGUUUUAAGUUCUCGGUUGUGGGAACGGUUGCUCCUUUGGAAUUCAGAGCCUGCCUGGUAGCAAUGGAUUGGAGAUUGAUUAAAUUUUCUCAGGAUGGGAGCCUACCCAUUUCUGAAAAUGGUCCAUCAUGGCAAGUUGCUGGGUAGUUGGAUUUGCUUUUGUUGUUGUUGAAAGCAUAUUGAGACACGUAGCUUGUUGGUGUAUCCAUGAUAGAUUUGCAUGAUUGAAUUUUGUUAUGAGUGUUCACAGAACACCAUCCAGAUGCACAGCUUCAGUUGCACUCCUUUGAGGUUGUGGGGACGAAUUUUGAUGUUAACUGUGUCGCUUGUCUUUUCCUUUUUGGUGUUGAGUGACCUAUGUUUCUGGCACGGUUUUUAUUUCAAAUUUGAGUUGAUCAUUGUUCUUUUGGAUAAGAUCGCUCUACUGAUUUUUAUUUCCAAAGAAUUAGCCCUUUAAAACAAGUGCAGCAUUCACCUGAAUUAGUUUUGUGCUGGUGGUGUUCUUUACAGGAGCAACCAAAUUUAAUCCUACUUGCCUAUGACAGUGUCUAACUCUGCUGUAUCAAACCCUGGCAGGACAAUGGACAUAAGCCUUGCUCUGCAGUCACCUCAUGCAGUUGAACUCUUAAUUUCUAUUGUAGUGCUGUGGUAGCUCCCGAAUUUGUUCACAACACUCCACAGAUCUCCACCACCUUACCUGACAAUUUGAAGUGUUGUAUCAGUAGUGUACUUUAGCAGCAGCAUUUUGUUAGAAUCCUGAUCUUCCUCCAUCCCUGGGGUUGCUGUUUCUAAAUUUAAAAAUCUUUUCACACUUGAAAACAAAUCAAGCUCUUCUGUCAGCAACUAUCUCUCAAACUCCCAUGAUAUUUUUUUAAUCUGGUUAUUUCAGGCCUCUUGCAAAUUGCUGCAUUUUUCUGCAGCAGUAACUGUGCUUAUUAAUUAUCAGUCAAGAGACUUGGGAUGCCCCAUUGUUGUGAAAGGCACUAUAUUAAUGCAUUUUUUUGUAUGCUAUAAUUCCUGAACUACAUACUGAGAUGAUUAUUUUCACUUCCAUUUAGUAUUAUUUCACAAGUCUUUAUGUACAAAGCCUCUGUAUCUAGGUACUUGUAAAUUGUUCCUGAAGAAGGGCUUAUGCCCAAAACGUGGAUGCUGCCUGACCUGCUGCGCUUUUCCAGCAACACAUUUUUCAGUUCUGAUCUCCAGCAUCUGCAGUCCUCACUUUCUCCCACUUGUAAAUUGUGGACAGUGUAAUUAGUUUAUUUUCUUGUUAGGAGUUGGUCUAAGUGAAUUAUACAUAACCACAAUUUUCUUAAACCUCUCAGGCCAUCCAAACUUAAUGGGCAGAGUCUAAUAUAGCUCAGUGAAGUAGACAUGAUGAUGGGAUAGUUAGGAGAAUGAACAUGAGUAUCUACAUCUAAAACAUAGUAAGAAGGAAUAAGUUUAGGCCAUUUAGCCUGCAAAUCUGUUCUGCUGUUAGGAUGAUCAUAUUAAACAUUGCACUCUAGCUCUCUUUGUGCCCCUUGAAGCAUUUAGUUUCUAGAAACCCAUUUGUUUUAAUCUUAAAUACAUUCUUGCAUAUUGGCCUCCAGUGUCUCCUGUGGUAGAGAAUUCCUCAAUCACAACCCUCUGAAGAAAUUUCUCCUUGUCUCAGGCCAAAAUGACUUACCUGUAUCCAGAGAUCAUGACCUCUUGUUCUACACCCCAGUUAUGGAGAACAUUAUCCUGCAUAUCUAGUCUCUUCACACAUAUCAAUCCACUUCUCUCAUCCUCCUUAUCUCUGCUGAAUACACACCAAGUCAACUCAAUCUCACCUUGAAUGACCAAUCAGUAUGUGCCUUCACUGAACUUCCUAUGUCAAGUAUAUCUUUUUGAUGCCGAGACAGAAUCCACAUGGUCUCAGUAAGGUCUUGUACAGCUGCAGUGAGACAUCCUUGCAGCUGUGUUCACUCCCCCGUAACGCAUACCAACGUUCUAUUAGGAAGUCAGUCUGCUUGCUAAUUCUGCAGCAGAUUGAUGGUGUCAGAAAACUAUCCUUAAUUUAGUGGGAGAAUGAGGGUACUGUCAAUUACACUCAGCAAUGUGUCUCAUUAGUGAGCUGAUAAGGAUUCAGUGGUGGUUCAGGGUUUCAGUGGACUUGCAUGGAUAUCUCACUCUUCUCAUCCUGUGGAGCAAAUCCUGUUGGCUUAGUCAUUGGUCUGUUGUAUCCCUUGCUAUCAGGCAUUCGUGCUGUGGGUGCUGAAGGCCACCCACUGUCCUUGAAUCUGGCCCCAUCUUUCUUUUAUUGCUCUUUCCAAGCAAUGCAGCUGUCUCCAGGGAUCUAGAGUGAUCCCUGGUAAAGGCCUCUGCAUUACUUGCAGCAAUCACUUGAUAAUGGCCAGUUGACUAGUGUUUGGCCUCUUGGACCAAUUAGACAAGUGCAGAGUCAGAAGCUAACAUUAAUUUUCCAGGUGGCUGGAGGAGUGGGGGAGGACAGUGCUAUCUCAAUAACUAAAUUCUACCCUCAAACUUGUUAUUGAUCCUUUUGUUACAAAAGUCUUUAAUACACAAGGUUGUUUGACCAUGCAGUAGGUUGCCCGAGAAGGGUUGGCUGAAGCUGAAUCUGUUUUAUACUUGAAGGACAGCUGACUUGCAGAAAUAUUUGAAACCAGAAGGCACAGGAUAGGGAGAAUCUGUUCCAGUUGCUCUAGCACAGGUUAAACAUGGCCCUCUGUAAAUGGCUAUGUAUCUAACUUACACAGUCCUUGAAUCCAAAUUUGAUGAAAGUGAUGGUUGUGCAAAUACUCCACUAGUAAGCCUGAGUUUGAACCUCCGUCUUGAUUGUUACUUGCAUUUGUGUACUCAGCAAGGGAUGGAUUCCAUCUUUUGCAUUUGCACUUAGAUAUGACCACCUGCUGAAUUGUCUUGAAGAUGUUGUAGUGUUUUUUUCCUCUCAGGCUGGACCUGUAUCUUGCUGCCUGAAUAGGUUAAUAAUUAAAAUAACCUUGUGAUUAAUGGGUUCCUCAAGUCCAAGUAUCAACCUCCAUUUUAAUGAGCAUCUUUUCAAAUGGGUAAACUUCAAGUGUGGCAAUUUAAAGAUGUUUCAUUGUACUUCACUGAUACUCAAUUAUAUGGAAGAUACAGAGACCAAAUUGUAAUACAUUAACAUCAAUGCUGUCACUUUUAAGACUGUGAUGAAACCUCAAUAAAGAAUUGAAAUGGAAA